AUGGAGGAGGCUUUCCAGUCAUACACACUCCCAGAGGCGUUCCGAUUGUUGGAUCGAUUUUGUAAAGUGCCGGGAAAAGCGAAGCUGUCGUGGAAGAAGCUCCUCGCUUGGCUUUCGACGCUAGAAGAACGUCUACAACACACCAUCCGGGAGACUGCAACAGCGACCCCCGGUUCAAAGCGGAAGAGAAAACUACCCAGCCAUCCCACCUCGCCGCCAAGCAAGCGCAUACGAACGGAAACUAACCGCGGCAACAAAAGAUCUGCGACAGGGCAUACGACCGCAAGCUCAACUGUCCAGAGUACAGUUUCCGCUGACUUCCUCCGUGUACCCGAUGAACAAAUCGUAGAGAGUUGUAUCUCCAAGUUCAUAGACCUCACGGGGAACGCCGCUCUGUCGAAGAAGACUUGUAUCGUUUGCGCGCGAAGAUUGUUCGUCGCCAAGAUCGAAACAAUAGACUUCAACUCCAUCCCAAACCGACACGUUCUGCAACCCACGCACUCGCACCCACACCAAAGGACAGUGGAGGGUCUUCUAUUCCACGACACUGUAAACCCCGAGGGCCUUAAUGAUGUUUGCUCUACUUGCUUAAUCGCUCUCAGACGGUGUUCAAGACCAAAGCUCGCCGUCGCAAACAACAUGUGGAUCGGCAAUGUUCCUUUCCAAUUGGAAAUUCUAACGUUGCCUGAACAGCUGCUCAUUGCUUUAUACUUCCCCGCGGCGUACAUUAUGAAAGUGUACCCAGCGAAGAUCCGAUACCGCGCCAGUGCCUCGAAAACGGAUGGGAUGGAGCCUAUCGCAAUCAAUGAGAAGCUGCGUGGAAACGUUUCCACGUUUCGGCUACCAACCGCGCAAAUCGUGAAUAUGGCAGCAGGCCAGAUUGUCCCUCGGCCUUCGCUUAUCCUCGCAUCUCUUAUCGGGGUUACAUUUGUAGGGGUGGACCGGAAAGCCCUUGCACUACCGUCGCUCAAAACAAUGUUCCGUGUGCGACGCCACAGAGUUUGGGAGGCCCUUCUCUGGCUGAAACAGAACAACUCCAUCUACCGAGACGUUACCAUCGACUCUAGCGCUAUCGAGCGAUUGCCGGAAGAUGACAUUCCACUCGAAAUUACAGAGAACGUCCGUUACUCCAAUGAUGUCGAUGCGGUUAGGCGAGAGCACGCCGGAUACGCACCUUUAGAGUCCGAACUUGAAGAUCCUGAACAGGAAGCCUCGGUAGAAUGGCAGCGCGAAACUUUUCAGACAGCGCACGACGAAAUAUGCGAUCCACCCGUAGGAUAUCAGCCUGAACCGAGACCCGGCGACAAAGUGCAAUCAGCUUUGCUGUCCGAGUACUCUAGCAGAGAAACGGCUGCACCCGCUGCAGUACAACAUGCAACCAUGGAAGAUCCAGCGGUCUUUCCCUUGCACGUGCAUGGAGUAAUAGAUGUGGGGGGGGAUAACAUACCUGAAAGCACCGUGUUCGCACACGCCGUGAACAAUCUAGUUUCUAACCCUUUCGCGCAAGAUUAUGCCGUUCGCAAGGGUAGUGCUUUCAUCAACGAGUACGGGCGUCGUGAUGAAAAUGGUGAGCGUUAUGACGGAGGUCCUUCCAAUCCGAAUCAUUUACUCGGCGCUUUCCCCACUUUGUUCCCCUACGGACUCGGUGGUCUUGAAGUAGAUCGGGAAGACACCGUCUCAUACGAAGACCACGUACGAUGGGCUCUACAACAUGACUCGGGACGUUUCCGUCGACACACACAUUUCAUAUUUCUCGUUUUUGGAGUCCUUUGGAAGCGCCAGGUCUGUCGGUCAGCUUCCAUCCAAAUCGACCGCAGCAAUUUUUUGGCCUUUCAAAGCUCCCUAUCCCAAUUGAGACCAAAAGAUCUAUUGAAAGCGGCCGAAGAAGAGGAGCAUAAAGUUCAAAUUUCUAAUCCUCUGAUCCGACUUCUACGAAAACAUCUUACUGCAGUGCGCGCUAGAGUUCAGGGUACGGAUGAGAACCGAGUUGCAAUUCGAGCACAAAUCUGGGGGAUGACACUUAAAUUCAACCCACCUUCAAUAUGGAUGACGAUAAAUCUAUCCGACACGGGCGACCCGAUAGCUCAGGUAUUAGCUGGGCAAGAAAUAAACUUAGACGAUUUUGUGGCUAGGUCUGGACCUAAUGCGACUACUCGUGAUGGUAUCAUCGGCGCAGACCCAUUCGCAGCCGCGGAAUACUUCCACCUCGUCAUACGCCUGCUAUUGAGAGAAAUGUUGGGAAUCAAAGUGGGCGAGAGAGGAGCGAUUACCCGUAAUCCUGGUGUCUUAGGGGAAGUGAACGCUUACAUCGGGACGGUUGAAGCGCAAGGGCGAGGCUCUCUACAUUUACAUUUACUUCUUUGGCUUCACGGGGCUCCCACAGCGACGAAAAUGCAAGAAGCGCUGCAAUCAGAUGAGUUUCGCUCGCGGGUGAAACUUUUUAUCAAACACAACAUACGGGCGGACGUUCCUGGAGGUCCCUUCCCACCCCAAAUGCGCAAACGAUUAACCCGCAGCGUCGCUUUCUCUCGACCUAUCGACCCCAGGAAGAACUGA